AUGACGAUCUACGCUGACAAAGACAAGCAAACGCACGACGGGACUUCCGUCAAUGCCAACGCUGACAGAACUCCAGCUGGAAACGUAUCCACGGUCACUAUGAACGCCGUGAUACUGGACCAGAUGAAAGAAAUGUUCGCCUCCGCUCAGAAAAAGUCGGACGAACAAGGAAAGCUCGUGGCCUCUCUUGCAAAACAGGUGGAAUCCUUAACGGCGAAGGGCAAGAGUAAAAACCCGUGUGGGGCCACAAGAGCCCGCAGCGGUAGAAGACUCGAUUUCGAGACUCCAAGCGAUCGGGCCCCACGGGCAGACAAGGAUUCUUUAGGUCAGAACCCUGACGAAACAGUCCCGCCUGGAGCACAACCGACCACGGAGAAUCUUUCACCUCCCGCCGGGAGCAACAAAGGAGGCGAUUUCAAGCGGAUCGAUCUGGACAUAAGUGACCAGUCCGAUCACUCGGACGGAGGUGCCGACGAAGAACUGGCCAAGAAUCAGGCUCGGAUCCACCGCAGCCAACAGGCUCGCAAGGCUGCUAGAAAUCCUGAUGAGAUCCAUGAUCUCCGCGAGUACAUCGCAAAAACUGAGGCAGAAGUCAAGGCGGUAAAGUCGCAGAUUUACCACGCGACAAGCGCUGCACCCGAGAUCGACAGACUUCUCGAGGAAGCGCGGAAAACUCCGUUCACUUCCCGAAUCACGGAAACUAACAUCUCAGAUCCUGGGAAGAUCAAAAUUCCCGUCUACAAUGGAACCACCGACCCGAAGGCGCAUUUGCAGUCUUUCCUGAUCGCGAUGGGAAGGGAAACCUCAGACGUUGACCUUUGGAGUCUAUUUCAAAGAGAAGACGAACCACUCCGCGAAUUCAUGAACAGGUUCAAGUUGGUAAUGGCAAGAGUCACUGGAAUCAGCGACAAAGUGGCUAUCGACGCUUUGCGGAAAACUCUCUGGUACAGGCCGAAACUCCGGCAAUGGAUAUCCCUUGAAAAACCGAGAAAAAUCCAGGACGCUCUUCACAAGGCAACAGGCUUCAUCAUAAUGGAAGAAGAGAUGAAAGUCCUCUCCCAGAAGUACAACCCGCAGAAGACGUCCGCGAGAAGAAAAAACCCUCGUAACGACAGGUAUGUCCACCACGAGGGAGAAGACCUCCAGGGCGAGCAUAAUUACGUUGUCAACUCCGAACAGGGAAAGACUUCCGGAAAUACCUGGACCAGGAACCAGUUCAAGGAUAAUUCCUAUUGCGAGUUCCACCAGACCAGAGGUCAUUCCACUAUGAACUGCAAGGUUCUCGGCGCAAGGCUUGCUGCGAAGCUCCUCACCGGCGAAAUUUCGAAGGUCACAGGCAUAAAAGACCUCCUCAUGGAUUCCGAUCGCCCUCCCAAAACUGAUAAAGAGUCCCCCGAAAAUGACACCCGCGAAAAUCAGUCGGGCGAGAAACGCGGAAGGAGGCAAGAUGACCGAGGAAACGCCAGCAACCGUCGAACGGUGUGCAUGAUCAUCGGGGGAUCGCAAUUCUAUCGCGAUUCGAUCUCGUGA